GUCACAUUUGUCUCUAUGCCAAAUUGGAAGCAUUCCACUCUCAUUGCCAAAGAUAAAUAUCACAUCACUUUUGAUCCUUGACAUGUCAAAGAACCCUAUCCCAUCUUCAAUUCCCAGCUGGUUGUUUAACCAUACCAGCCUCACAAAACUGAAUCUAAGCCGGACUUUUUUCGGUGGUUCCAUUAGUAAUUGGGAAUUGGCAAGCUUCAAAGAUCUGGAAGACCUUGACUUAUCUAGUAAUAGAUUUGAAGGUCCUAUUCCUAAACUCAUUGGGAAUUCCACCAAACUAAAGUUCAUAAAUCUUUUCUACAACAAAUUUGUGGGGGCAAUUCCAGAGAGUUUGCUUGGUUGUUCAGGCUGUACAAUUGAUAAACUAGAGCUCUUAGAUCUGUCUUAUAAUAUGCUGGAAUGCAAAUUACCUGUCUCCUUAGGCAUGCUGUAUAAUUUACAGUAUCUGAACCUUCAGUCCAACUCUUUUUGGGGCACAAUUCCAGAGUCUAUAGGAAACUUGUCAUCCUUGAAAACUCUAAAUCCCAAUUCAAACUCUUUUUGGGGCACAAUUCCAGAGUCUAUAGGGAACUUGUCGUCCUUGCAAACUCUAAACCUCAGUUAUAAUCAUAAGAAUGGGUCCAUUCCUAGAAGUUUGGGAGAACUCUCUCAGCUAGUUCACCUAGAUCUGUCACAUAAUUCCUGGGAAGGCAAUUUAUCAGAAUCCCAUUUCAAAAAUCUCACCAGGUUAAAGUCUUUGGUAGUAACCACAGAUAAACCUAUGUCUCUCAUUUUCAAUGUGUCUUAUCAGUGGCCUGCUCCUUUCAAGCUCUACACAAUUGACAUUAGAAAUUGUAGCAUAGGUCCUUCCUUUCCUGCAUGGCUUCAGUCUCAAACUGAACUACUGACUGCCACCCUUUCAAAUACUAACAUCUCAGAUUCCAUACCAGAGGAAUUGUUCUUGAAGUCAUGUGUCCAAAUCGAAUACUUGGAUUUAUCUUACAACCGAAUCCAUGGAAGGCUUCCAUUGCAAAUGACAUGUCCAAGUCUGUAUCAUAUAGAUUUGAGUCAUAACAGAUUUGCAGGUCCAUUUCCACUUUUGUCUGCCAAUUUAUCCCUCCUGAAUUUUGAGAGCAGUUUAUUUUCCGGGCUAAUUCCCUCACAGUUUGGUCAGCUGAUGCCUGAACUGAGAGAAUUGUAUCUUUCUGAAAAUCAAUUGAAUGGUACUAUUCCAGCCUCUAUGUGCAACAUGACAAACUUGGCAAUUCUUACAUUGAGAACAAAUCAGUUUUAUGGAGAAUUCCCUGAAGCUUGGAGCCUGUGGAGCAACAUACUGGUAAUAGAUGUUGGUUACAAUAAUCUCUCUGGUCAUAUUCCUAUCUCAAUGGGUGUUCCAAGCUCUAGAGCCAUAUUGAAGCUGAACAAUAACAACUUUGGGGGUACAUUUCCUUCUUUGAUAUUUGAGAAUUGCACAAAUUUGAAGAGUGUUGAUCUCGGAAGCAACAAAUUCAUUGGCGACCUGCCUUCAAUGAUGUCACAGAAUUGUUCAUCCUGCGGCUACGAUCCAACUUUUUCAGGGGGCAUAUACCCCAAUACUUGUGCCGUCUUCCCAUGCUUCAUGUCUUAGACCUUGGUGACAACAACUUUUCAGGG